ACUCUUGACUCUUGUUGGGCAGAUACAAGUGGUACAGAGGCAGGUGCAAGCCUGCGAUUACCCACUCGGAAUACGCUGUCUGUCUGGCGCUCUGUGGUUCUGUUCCUUCGCGAAUCAGUGAGCAGAGAUCACGAGGUAGAUAGGUGGGUUUUAUGAGGUUAUCACGAAUGCUCCCGAGACCAGAGGAACGCCCGCAAGGUGAAAUGACACAAUAUAUCAUCUGCAUCCCUGAGAGGAGGUCUGCGUUGCGUAAAAGAAGCGGAUGAUUGAGGAUAAACUGGGAGGUUUCCCGUGUCUCGGGGUGAUUCCAGUGUCUCAGGAGUCGCGUCUGAGCGGUAAUAGACGAGAGAGACCUAGAGAGAAUAGGUUGUUUGCGCUCCCGGGAGGUCCCGCUCUGCAUGAAAAGGAGCGAUGCAAAAGAUAUUCCCAAGAAGGAUUCCCGAUCUGCGGCCCCUUUUCCGGCGUCUUUUCUUCACGCAAAAGGUGUGGAUCUGGGCCUGUUCCAGUGAAAGCAGGAUAUCCUCCUCGUCCGACUCGUGAAAGGAAAACGUUUCUUCUUGUCCGCGAUAAGAAGCAAGGCGGCUCCAUGGCACCACAGAUUCACUCCAGUGAUCAGAGAGAGAGAGAGCACUGACUGACCACAGUGACAACAAUGAUUGACAACACCCCAACCUGAGACCAUACAAACUGAUUGGUUGAUGAAGAUACAGCCAACAGGUUGGCUCCACCCCUCCACACCGUCCCCGACCCAUCGUUGAACUCUUCAAAAACAUUGAACAACAAUCAACACUUCUGAACAACGUUACCUUCUGACACACUCUCAACCUUUAACCAGAAAAACAACAGCCUGGUCACACAGCAGUGACUGUAGCUUCUCCCUGGUCACACAGCAGUGACUGUAGCUUCUCCCUGGUCACACAGCAGUGACUGUAGCAUCUCCCUGGUCACACAGCAGUGACUGUAGCUUCUCCCUGGUCACACAGCAGUGACUGUAGCUUCUCCCUGGUCACACAGCAGUGACUGUAGCUUCUCCCUGGUCCCACAGCAGUGACUGGAGCUUCUCCCUGGUCCCACAGCAGUGACUGGAGCUUCUCCCUGGUCCCACAGCAGUGACUGUAGCAUCUCCCUGGUCACACAAAGACCAGUAAACGAAGAGGAAUAACUGUAGUCUGAAGCUGCUCACACACAGUAACAUGGAGCCCCCGCUUCCCACCUUUUGAAGUUGGGAACCGUCUUUCCAAAGUACUUUCUGUCCAUCUUCUCUCUCUGUCCAUCUUCUCUCUCUGUCCAUCUUCUCUCUCUGUCCAUCUUAUCUCUCUGUCCAUCUUCUCUCUCUGUCCAUCUUCUUUCAGUCCAUCUUCUUUCUGUCCAUCUUCUCUUUCUGUCCAUCUUCUCUUUCUGUCCAUCUCCUCUCUGUCCAUCUUCUUUCAGUCCAUCUCCUCUCUGUCCAUCUUCUCUUUGUGUCCAUCUUCUCUCUGUCCAUCUUCUUUCAGUCCAUCUCCUCUUUGUGUGAGUACAAAGGGACAGUAAAAACCUGCCACUUUGUCACGAUAGGACGGACAAAAGAGAAACCUGCGAUGCGUUGUCCGGAGAUUUUGACACUGCAGGCGGUGUGUGUGUGCGUGAGUGUGUCUGUGGCCAUGCAGCAAUACCCAGCUGCUUGGUCCCACUAUGACGUGUGUAAGAGUCGGAUCUACACAGAGGAAGGGUUAACGUGGGACUACAUGGCCUGUCAACCAGAAGCUACAGUCAUGACCAAGUACCUGACCGUCAGCCUGGACCCGCCCAAUAUCACCUGUGGAGACCCACCUGAGACAUACUGCACACUGGAAAACCCUUACAUGUGCAACAACGAGUGUGACGCCUCCACAGAUGAACUAGCCCACCCUCCGGAGCUCAUGUUCGACUUCGAGGGACGCAACCCCACAACCUUCUGGCAAUCCAGUUCAUGGAAUACGUUCCCCAAACCCCUGGAGGUCAACAUCACGCUGUCCUGGAACAAAACUAUCGAGCUGACGGACGACAUCAUCCUCACCUUCGAGUCCGGCCGCCCUGAGCAGAUGCUUCUGGAGAAAUCGUUAGACUACGGUAAAACCUGGACCCCUUACCAGUUCUACGCUACCGACUGCCUCGAUGCCUUCACCAUGGAGCCCAAGACGGUCAACGAGCUGACCCAGCGAACCCUCCUCGACAUCAUCUGCACCGAGGACUACUCCCGAGGCUACGUGUGGAAGUAUGAUAAAACCGUCCGUUUCGAGAUCAAGGAUCGGUUCGCGCUGUUCGCCGGACCGCGGCUGCACAACAUGGCGUCGCUGUACGGUCAACUGGACACCACCAGGAACCUCCGGGACUUCUUCACGGUGACGGACCUGAGGAUACGGCUGCUGAAACCGGCCACCGGGGCCACCAUGGUAGAUGAGAACAACCUGUCCCGAUACUUCUACGCCAUCUCUGAUAUCAAGGUGCAGGGCAGAUGUAAGUGUAACCUGCACUCCAACAGCUGUGUGUUUGACAAGGACAAGGGGAAGCUGGGGUGUGAGUGUGAACACAAUACAACAGGACCAGACUGCGGCCGCUGUAAGAGACACUACCACGGACGACCCUGGAGCGUCGGAUCCUACCUGCCCAUCCCCAGAGGAACUGCUAACAUCUGUAUCCAUAGAAGUCAUGGACCAGUGCAUCGAGCUAAUGCUUCAUCUCUAGGUGUUGCAAACCGUAAUCAAGCUCAUGUGUGUGACAACGCCAUGCUUCUCUGUCAGAACGGAGGAACGUGCCACAACCAUCAGCGGUGCCACUGUGCUCCGGGUUUCAAAGGCGUCCUGUGUGAGAGGACACGAUGCCAGGUCCACGGGCCCUGCGAGGAGUACCCCACUGCUGGGCAGCCAUCCCUCCACCCACCCUCUCCUCCUGGUCCCUCCAGGUCUGCUCCUCUCCCUACUGCUCCCCCUGGUGGUGAUAUGGUUCUGCUAAGAAUUGUUGUAUUCAUUACAACUGGCCAGUGAACUUUCAACUUGGAACUGAAGAGGUCCACUUGGCAAUUUGUCAACCAUGUUGUCAUUUUGAAGGACAGCAGGGCAGGACCUAAUGCAAGUACAUUCUGGGACAGCAGAAAGUCACCUUAGAUCAGAUCUACAGAAAAGAGAAAGGAAUUCAGACCUGAAGGACAUGGGAUCAAGCAGGGAGACUAAACGAGAUAUUACGUGCCCUGGUCCGUGGUAUAAAUAAGGAACCUUUAUUUAAUGUCAAAAGUGCAAUAUGAUGAUGGCUGAUAAACUGAAUGGAUAACGAAGAAAUGCUAAUGAUACUUUUGGUCAGAGAGAGACACAGACAGACAGACAUAAGUCAACUUAAGGAGCAUAGACACGGGCUGCGGUAAAUGGCAAUUGAACCAUGAGAAAAUCCUCAUACCGCCUGUAGAGACCAGCGAUCCCGGGUUGUUGUCAGCUCGAAUAUUGUCAUUAAAACAUUGUUUGAUUGGUUGACAAGAUGAACGAUGCUCAUCGGUCAACAAUGUGCACCGACCGCUCAAGACUUCAGCUAAUUUAAUAUUUUUGGCGCCUUGAGCUCCAAGCCAGCAGAGCUGCACACGGAGAAAGCACCACGAACCGCUUACAAAUAAACCACUCGGAUUUUUUCCAAUAGUGGCGGGCGGAAGUUUAUAUGACCUUCUCUGCUUACCUUGGCCCGUCUGUAAACGCCUUUAUAGUACAAUCUACAACCUUCAAUCUCACUAUGGUCCUGUCCCAAAUGGCACCCUAUUCUCUAUAUAGUACACCCUACUUCCUAUAUAGUACACCCAGUGGGUUCUGGUCAACAGUAGCAGACUGUAUAAGGAAUAUGGGUGCCAUUUAAAGGGAUAGUACACCCAAAUUACAAAAUGACACAUUGGCUAUCUUAUCUUGUAACCAGUCUAUGGACAUGUUAUGAUAGAAAUCCGUGCUUUGGUUUUAAUUCCCUGGCACUGUUUCCAAAUGGUUUAUCACGUGGUACAAAUGAUUAUUAUUUUCAUUUUUACCAGGCAAGCCAGUUAAUAAGAACUAAUUUCUAUUUACAAUGACGGUCUACCUUUGCCAAACCUGGACGACGCUGGGGCCAAUUGUGUGCCGCCCUUUGGGACUCCCAAUCACGGCCGGAUGUGAUACAGCCUGGAUUCCAAACCGAGACUGUAGUGACACCUCUUGCACUGAGAUACAGUGCCUUCAGACCACGGCGCCACUCAGGAGCCCAAAUACCAUUUAGGUCCUAGUAACGAUAUUAGAAUUUUUCACUCAUCAUGUUUAAAUCACCUGGAAGUAUGUCAAAUAGAUUUUUGAAGCUCAACAAAGUUACGUAUAGAUGAUAUGAAAAUGAUGCGUGAAAAAUGCUAACAUCAGUACCAGGACUUGUAAGGAUUUGUGCCGAAAAUGUUCAAAAAUAAAUAACAUUUGGAAACUAAACCAAAGCAUGGAUUUCUGUCAAACCUUGUCCCCAGACUGCUUACAGAGUAAGAAAACCAUUAUGUCAUUUUGGAAUUUGGGUGAACUCUCAGUUUAAGACACAUUUAAUGACAACAGAUGUUGGUAUACCAACGUGUGACCUAGAAACAAUGUUGACAACGUUCUCAUUCUUUGGGAACAGAUGAAUAGUCUUCACAGAGGUUAUGCCACUCAAUGUGGGCCAACCAAACUGUAGAAAAAUCACUCUGAAUCUGUCAUCUGCAUUACAAAUUGGUUGAGAAGUCACUCUUGGUAUAUAUUCCCCUUUCCUUCUUUCCUCCCUCCUGGUUACCUUCCCUUACCUCCUUCCCGCACUUCUAUUCCUCCUACCUGUAGCUUUAGUGUCUAGUGAUUUUCUUUGGCUGCUUAAAAAGGCCUUUUUUGUUUUGUCAAAUACCGCACAAGUGUUAUGAUCCAAGCUAAACUCCUUGACUACCGGUUGACUCGGAGACGAAAACUAUUGUUAUUUUUGUUGCCGGCUUUGUAGUCACGGAAACGCUUGUUGAGCUCACCUGUGUUGAUAAAGAUGAUGUAUCAUAUUGUAUUGUAGCUGUAUUUAAUGUUUGUACAAAACAAAAAGAUAUUUUCAUGAUUUUAAGUAAAUGAAAAAUACGUAUUACUUUUAGUUUUUUUUGUAUCGUUGCUGGGCAGCUUGAGGUGGCAAGGACAAGUCCUGAAGAUGUCUACGACUCAGAAUGCAUAAAGAAAUGGUUUUAUUUUUCCUGAUAUUGUGGUUGAAACCUGCUGACAUACUGUAUGGAAACUGUUUACAGAUACACAGAAACACAGCUGCACCAAAGGGAAUUCCAGGUGUUUAUUUUAAUUUCUUUACACACUUCAGCAGAACACAUCAUCCAAGUACAGAACAAUAACAUUACAAAUUCAGUCAGACAAGACAAUAUAUUAUGACUUUUUCAAAACCUCACUUUAGACACUCAUAGCCUGCCCUGCCGUGUGUACAUUCCCCCAAGAUUACAGCUACAAAUCCAGGUGUCUUAUUGAUGUCAACAACAUAAUAGAUUUUCCAAGUAUAAAAUAUAAAACUGUUUACGCUAA